AUGAACGUCAAGCACACCCUUCAUACGCUAUUCAAGUCAGCUGUGGAGAAAGUUGCACCGCCUCUAUCUAAGAGCCAGUUUGAGGAGAAGAGGGUCCUGACGCCGGAGGAGUUUGUUGCUGCUGGUGACUACCUUGUCCAUGCGUGCCCAACGUGGUCGUGGGAGGGUGGCGACCCCAAGAAACGCAAGUCCUACUUAUCGGCCGAGAAGCAGUUUCUGGUAACACGGAACGUCCCCUGCCUCCGCCGCGCCACCGACGUGGCGGGAGGCAGCAGCUACAACCCCAUGUCGGAGUUCGCCCUGCCCGGGGAGGAGGGCUGGGUGGCCACACACAUACAGCCCACUCCAGGGGGGGCCGGGACAGGCCCGGGGGGGGACGCGGAUAUUCCCUCCAUGGACGACGACGAGGACAGCCCCCUCCAGGCGGGACCGGCUGCGGCAGCUGCUGGCGCUGAUGCUGGUGGUGGUGGUGGUGGUGGUGGUGGCGGCAAAGAGAGGGAGAAGGAGAAGGACGGGGAGGGGGAUAUUCCGGAUAUUGGAGAUCUGGAGCUCAAUGAAGGGGAUGAUGAGGCAGCAGCUCCCAGCGCUUCCGCUGCCGGGUACCUCCGCGCCGAGGAACCCGCGGAUAACAUUGUACGGACACGCACGUACGACCUUUACAUCACGUACGACCAGUACUACCAGGUCCCACGCUUUUGGCUUGUGGGGUUUGAUGAGUCUCGGAAGCCCCUGCUGCCGCACCAGGGCAUCGGUGUUAUGGAGGAUGUGUCCGAGGAGCACGCCCGCAAGACCAUCACCCUGGACCCGCACCCGCACCUGCCGGGGCUAUCCGCCGCGUCCAUCCACCCCUGCCGCCACGCCGAGACCAUGAAGCGCCUGGCCGAUAAGCUGGUGGAGGGGGGCAGGGACUUUAGGGUGGACUUAUAUCUUGUGCUCUUUCUAAAGUUCAUCGCGUCCGUCGUACCGACCAUUCAGUACGACUACACGAUGGCGGUUGGCGGCGACUAA